AUGUUCAUCUGUGGCAGAAGAAGCUUUAUACGGGAUGAAGACAGGGAGAAGAAUGAAAGCUCACAUUUGACUCCGAAAAGGAGCAAGAACACAAGGACAAACCCUUAUGCAGAGCGCGGCUUGGACAAAUUUCACACACUUUUAGCUCAUCUUGAGGGCGAGAAGCAGAAGAUAUACAAUCAGAUUGGGGCGGAGGAAGUAUCUUUUGUUCGAUUUGUCUACUCCGACAGCUUCAAGAACGUGAGGCCUAUCGUUGUGAGAGGCAAGAACAACAACAGCCACCUCAAAUUUGGUCCCAACAACUCUACAACAAGCAGGGAUGAAGAAAUAUGUGGUGAUGAGAGAGAGGAAAAAGGAGAGAAGAUGAUGAUGUGUAAGAGAUGGAAUAUUGGAAGCUUGUGUUUUGGAGUGAUGAUGGUUUUAGUGUUUGUGGCGAUUCAUGGGAGAUCCUUUGCGAUUCUUUGCACCACCUUUGUAUGGUAUUUGGUUCCCCUGAUUUUUGGAAGGAGAAAUGUUAUUUGA